GAAGCCACAAAAACCUUAACACUAUAUCCCUUCAUCGUAAACCCUACACUUUCUCCUUUUACCUCUCACUCUCCUCCGCAGCUUCACAACUCCUUCAGAUCACUGAAAAUGCCGUUCAAGAGGUUCGUUGAAAUCGGAAGAGUUGCGCUCGUUAACUACGGGAAAGACUAUGGGAAGCUUGUCGUCAUCGUUGACGUCAUCGACCAAAAUAGGGCUCUUGUUGAUGCUCCCGACAUGGUGAGGAGCCAGAUAAACUUCAAGAGGCUUUCACUCACAGACAUCAAAAUCGACAUCAAAAGGAUUCCAAAGAAGAAGACCCUGGUUGCUGCUAUGGAGGCUGCAGAUGUGAAGAACAAGUGGGAGUCCAGUUCAUGGGGACGGAAGUUGAUAGUGCAGAAGAGGAGGGCCUCACUCAAUGAUUUUGACAGGUUUAAGCUUAUGUUGGCAAAAAUCAAGAGGGCCGGUGUCGUGAGACAGGAGCUUGCAAAGCUUAAAAAGGAGACCGUGGCUUAAGAACUUUCUGAGUAGCCACAUUGGUUUAGAACAAUUUUGGAAGUUGUAUUUUUUUACCUUGUCGAAUGUAUUCUCAAUGAAAGAACCCCUGUUCUGUUUUUUUUUUCCUUGUUUCUUCAGACUGCUUCGAAAUUAUCUUUCUAAUCUAUGAUGAUGAACUGAGGAUUUCUUGCUGAGUUA